AUGGAAGAGCAGGUGAACGAAGCACACCUCGUACUGAAGAAUAAUUCCAGGGUGAUUGGAGAGCUGUCCAAAGCAUAUGGAUCCUUACUCGACGCACGCGGUGCGGCAGUCCCAGUUGUGGACGAAAGCAUAUUCGCAAUCGAAGAGUUUCAAAGGCAGCUUGCUGGAACGGUGCAAGACCUGAUCAUGCAUCAGUCGCGACUUGAGGCGCUGCUGAAAAUGUGUGCAGACCGUAAAUCUCUGCUACAAGGUGCAUUGCAGUUCCGAAGCAUGCAAUUGUCCCGCGCGCUCGCAGAGCGGACUCACCACUCUACCAUCAACAUGGAAGGUGUUACUGUACAGAUGCACCGAAUUGCUCGAAAGACUUUGGUCGAGACGGUCUCCAUGCGCAUUAUCACGGUCGUAACACUUCUAUUCCUUCCCGGAACAUUCAUCUCGUUUCCAGACGGUGCAACUCGCUUCUCUCAACAAAAUAUCGGAACGGGUGCUCUAAAGCUAUAUCUGCUGGUCAGCCUACCAUUGAUGUGCCUCACGCUCGUCGCAUGGGCUAUCAUGUAUGUGCGUGAGAAGAACAGGACGAAGGAAGACAUUCAUGAUGUACGCAUGAUCGAAGCGGGUGAAGGAUUUUCCAUACCCACAACCAGCACUACGAAGGGCCGUUGA